AUGUUUUCUCGUUCCGUUCUCCGGAGCUUUGCCUCCGACCUGCGAUUCGCAACCCCGUCCUCGAUCUCAGCAGCUCCCCUUCCUCAACGAGCUUGCCUGCAUCAAACCGCCUGGCUCCGCACGACUCAGACUCAAUCUCACUCCACGAUCCCCGACACACCUCUUGGAGCCAUUCCCCGAGUACAAGAUACCCAGCCUUCCACUCCGACUUCUACACCCAACAUCACCACCCCUCAAACCGACGCAGAUAUCCCCAGCGCAAAGAAACCCGUCGCUCCAUCCUUCAACGCUCCCAUCGAAGUGACAAAGUCCCUUAUGUCAACCCUCCCUCACUUGGUCGGACAGUCUCCACACUACGUCGUCGCGGAGCUCCACGCGCGCCCUUUCCUCCUCACCGAGGGCGAUCACCUCCGUCUGCCUUUCCUGAUGCCCAAUGUCAAGCCCGGCGAUGUUCUGCGAUUCAACCGUGCGUCCGCGGUGGGAUCCCGUGACUUCACGCUGAAGGGCUCCCCGCACGUCGACGAGCGGUUGUUCGAGUGCCGCGUCCGAGUGACCGGGACCGAGUCCGAGCCCUUGCGCAUUAAGGAGAAGACCAAGCGGAGACAACGGCAUACCAAGACAGCGAAGAGCAAGCACCGUUACACCAUUAUGCGCGUGAUGGAAGUGCGCAUCAAGACACCGGAAGAACUGUUGGAGGAGGGUGCCGUGGUGGUCGAGGAUACCGAGGACACACCGAAAGUCGAGGCCCGGUCAUGA